UGUAUAAUCUCUAGACAUAUAAACAUGUGAUAAUGAGAAAAUGAGAGUAUUAUAGGUUUCAUAUAUCCUAUUCAGUUAUUGUGUAGGCUUACGUAAUCUUAUUCUUUUUAAAAAAACAAGUGCCAAAAAGACAAGCUUGAGCCUGAGAAAAAAAUAAUUUUGACAUUUUAAUUUUUUCUUGCUUCCACUUUUACUUCCCGCUAAAUUAAUUUAUUUUAAAUUUGUAUUAAUUAUGACAUCAAAUCCAUAUUUAGAUGGUAUGCAUUUAAGUUAAUGAAAAGGUAAAAAUGGAAUCAAAACCAGUAAGGAUGGUUAAUGUUAUUCCAAUAACAAGACUUAAGAAAAUACCACUACCAGAUGAUAGUGAAGACACUGUGGCAUGUCGUAUAUGCAAAAAGUCUUUUGCUAAUGAAGUUGCAUUGAAUAACCACAGUCGUCUUGAACACAUUGAUGCUCUGCUUAGUGGGCAAGAUAUUUGUGUAAGAAAAAUUAAGGUCGAUGCAAUCUCCAAGGAUAAUGGAAACGAUACAAAUUCAAGUGAUAGCGAAAAGAAAGCUAAAAAACCUAAAAUAGAAAAGGUGAAAGUCAAAGUUCCCGUUAAGAAAGUUAAGGAAGUGAAGGCUAUCACCGGGCCGUUUGAGUGUCUUCAGCCAUCAUCUCUAGUUUCCGAUAGUAUAUGUCACCAGAUGUUCUUCUCUUGCUGCGAGUACUCGGCACAUAUCAGAGACGAACACACGCGACGAAGGAAAGGUGUCAAGUGUCAGGUAUGCGAGAAACCACUCACCGCUUCUGGAAAUGACCAGCUACCAUACAUUUGUCAGUUUUGCGCCGCCGGCUUCGAGCGCUGCAUGGAUCUAUCCGACCACGUGGCAAAACACCACAGUAAAAUAAAGCCAUACCAAUGCACCGUUUGCAAUAAACGUUUCACUCAGCAGGGCGGCCUCGUACAACACAUGCGAGCGCAUUCGGGUGACAAACCCUUUAACUGCACCUACUGCCCCAAGGCCUUUACUCAAAAGUCCGGUUUAGACCAACAUUUACGAAUACACACAAAAUCCAAACCAUACAAAUGCGUCAUAUGCGGCAAGGCGUUCUGUCAGUCCGUACAUUUGCAACAACACAUGCGCACUCACACCAAUGUCGCGCCGUUUCAGUGUAUCAUAUGCCAGAAACGGUUCAAGCAGAGCAGCCAUCUGAAUUACCAUUUGAAAUACCACAACCCGUUGAACAUGACGGACGAGCAGAAAGAGAAAUAUACGGAGCUGAUGCGAAUGAUGGGCAAGGAGAGUAUCUUUGAAUUGCUUGACACGAAAGAUGAAGGCGCGAUUGAAGUUGAAGGAAACGAAAUUGAGGUUAAAUUUCAGGAAGUCAGUUGUGAAGAGGAAUUGAUUGUGGAUGGACAGGAAUUGCUGGAACAAGAUAUCGGAAAUGCGGUGGAAGUUGAAUACAUUGAUUAAAUUUUGGGGACGGCGACAUGGACCAGAUCUCAGUUCAAUUGAUAUCCUUAAGUCAGAGUGGAUUUAUAGGUUUACAAAGCCCUUUAGAUGGAGAGGGUUUCUCGUCUCGAAGGUACGAUUAUCGAAAGAAUAUAAAAAAGUCUCUUCGUCUAUUCACACGUUCUUCUUCGGCGACAUUUGCCUCGCAGCGGUAAAUUUAUAGUGAAUUUCAAAUCAAUAAUCGUGUUUCGAGGUUUUGUGCCAGUUGCUACUAUGAGUGCGUGAGGGUGUUUUAAUUAUAUCUUCUAAGAGAAUUACUAAUUUAACGGAAACGGGAAAAAGAUGUUUAAUAUUUGUGAGAACAAUACCCUAGCAAUCACUUAACUCGAAUGAAAUUUCGCACUCACAACGGUUUAAACCAAUAAAUCUGCCGAUGAAUGUUAGAACAAGGGGUUAUGCGACAGAAUUGUCAUCUGAAAUUCUAAUAUGUAACUACUAAACGAAUACAUUAACCAAUAGAGUGUAUUUUUUCUCGAUCUCCCUUUCUCACUGCUCUAAAUCGGUCUCAAUCGCUCUCUCCCUUCUCUUAGACAAAAACGCUGCACAUCUGCGUGACGUUGCAUGCGUUAAAAAUUUACCCUCAUGCGCCUCGUAAUAAAAGUAUUUUACUAAAAAUCGCUGGCGAAUAUCGUAUGACUUAAUUGUUGGUCAGCUUCAAGUUCUUGCCUGUUAACAUUUUGAUACGUACGAGUGGACGUAGUAGCGUACGAUUUCUCGCAUCAAAACGUGCGAGGUACUCACACAUGUUCGUUAUAUCAUGGAUACGGAUUUUCCGCCCUAAAAUACAAAUUCGUUUGUUAAUGUCAACUAUAGAAUAUUUGAAAGCUUCCAUCUCUUUAUUUAGUUCUUAAUAUGCAAAUGGAGCGAUGUUUUUACACAAUUUUUCUGUUAUUGUACAUAAAGAUAUGUAUUGUAUAACAUGAUAAAUACUCGUGUGGAUUUGACGUCGUUCUAAAUUUUACUUAGAAUAAAGUUUCCAGAUUGAAAAUGAUACGGAGGUACAAGAAAAUGAAUUAUCUGUUAAUUAUUCUAGCUAUAAUUUAACUAUAACUGUUAUUAAGUACUAUUCAAGGCUCCAUCAAGUAUAUAUAAUUUAAUAUAUACAAUUUCCAACAUAUAUAAUUUCGUUCGGCAUUAGUGAGUGAUUUUGUCUCUAACACAGGUAGGUAUAAUCCAGGAGAUACUUUUAUACCUGAUAUAUAUGCACUAACGGAAAUCGAAUUUAUAUGAUCAGAAACACUUAUGGCUGAAAUUGAUUUAGUAAGAGAUAUUUUUUAUUAUUAACGUGAUUACUGCAUUUUAUUCAGUAAAUAUAGUAUUGAAAGGUUUCAUACACGAGUUAACGUCUUCGGCUCGGUAGAGUAGUUUACAUUUAAUUAUACUUUAAACCAAUAAAAAAUAUAAUUGUAUUU